AUGGCUGAAAAAAGGACCGCAGCCAAGGACACCGCGGGAGCAGAUUCUGAUGCAAAACAUCGAAAACUAGACACUCCUCAUUUUUAUAUAAACACGCAAGACCUGCUAGACGAAGACGAAGAUAUCAUCGUUCCGGAUUCGGACGAAGAUGUUUUUGAAAACGCAAAUAGACAGGCACUCGUGUCAUUUCAUGGUAAUGAAAACAUGGGUGAAAUGGUUUUGCCAUUCAACCCCCCAACAACCGUGGACGAAACCCGACAACGGAUCUUUAAUAAACAGGAUGCUCAAGCUGUGAGACUCGUCCCAGGAAACCAAAAUUGCAUUGUAUUGAUUUAUAAAAAAUUGAAGACACAAGACCCAUGGACCGAAAUUGAGAGAAAGGCAGAGUCGGAACACAACAGGCUAAAGUUCGAAAACAUUCCGAAGGGAUUGUUCUUCGAAAUUACCGAUAUAACGUUAAUUGACACUAGAAAAUAUGAUAAAACAUCAUAUGUAGCUACGCUGAACAAUAUGUUUGGCUUUUUCUUACCAACGAGG